UCCUUUUAUACACUGCGGUAAAAAUGGCUGGCUUGUUAGGGGGAUAGAUUCAGAUACAGCAACAGACACACAUCGUCACAUUGUGCUUUAUGAAAUAAACUCUUGAACAAAUGUGCACGGUUCUUUCCCUCCGCGUGAUUAGCGAUUUUACCAAAUCGCAAUAGGUUUCCAAAUACGAAGUCAAACGGAGCAUUAUGUAAGUAGAAUCAUUUUUAUUUCGGAGACAUAAAGGAGAGUAGCAGACGAAUGGUAGUGAUGACAGUAGCUGUAUGAGUCCCUUUCUCGAUUUAUAUGCUUCAGGCUAUCGUUCCUCACUUUUUUUUUUUAAAUCGUAACUAAUUUGUUUACGUAAUAGUUAACAGUUCUGUCCAGUUAGAUAUCUGCAUGCUUCAAGCUUAAGUAGACAGCUGUACUACAGACAUUUUCUGAUGCACGAAUGGCGUUUUAUGGCCUGAAGCUGACCAGCAUGCUGCCCUGAGGUCCGUGGCGAUGAAACUGGCACAUUUCCUCCCAUUUGCGUGGGUCUCUACUGCUUUCUUCCCACAGACCCAAAACGUGUAGUUGGAUGACUUACUGCUUAAUGUGUGAAUGUGCCCUGGUGUCUUGUCUGUGGUGAACCAGUCUUAUGUUUUCUGAAACAGAAAGGAGUUAAGAAAUUUCAGCUGAUGGACACUAGAGACAAUAAUAUAUUUCAACUGAAUACUAAAAACUUUACACUUGUGAUGUUGUUACUUGAAGUCUAAUUGUCAAGUCUUAAUAACAGAAACUUGUGUUGUAAGCUUGUAAAUAUGGUUAUUUCAAACUCACUGUGACUAAUUAAAAUACAGUCAGGAUAUGAUGCAUUCUAGGGAUUGUCAGAUUUGUUCAGUAGUUAUCCAAGUUAUGCAUAUUGUGAAUAUAAAUUUACAUCAAAGAAUGUAAUUAUUUGACCAUACAUUUCUCAUUUCUGUUUCCGCUAUUGAUUCCAUGGCCUACAAGUCUUUGCAAAAUAAAUUUAAGAAAAUGAUAAUGAUUAGAGAAAAAAAAAAUGUCAUUUUCUUCAUGGUUUAGCACAUUGUUUGAAAAUGCAUUAGUCUGUUGCCUUGAGAUUAGGUUUAUAGGACUGGAGACUUGAGAUGAGAUUUGCCGUUAAUGACUUGCAAAUGACUUUCAUCUUGGGUCAAGCAGCUUGAUGAUGCCAAUCAAAAACAAGGUAAACAUGGUAAUGUUAUUACAGGAAAAAAAUAACUAAAUCCGUAUCCACAGAGAAACGCAAACAAAACAAGGUGCUUCUGAUGAUUGGUAUUAAGCAUGACUGCCAGUGCUGUAGCUUGCACGGUGAAAUCACCAGUGGCUCUGCAAAUUGGGGAUGUGCAGUCAGACACGUCGCGUCCUGGAGUCUAUGUCAUUGACGUCACAUUUCCUCAAGGUCAAGUGGUAAAAAUUCGGGAUGUCUCCUUUAAGAACUACUAUACGGGUUUCCUGACAGUCCGGCUGCAGAUGAAAGGGUCUGCCUGCCAGGAAGGAAGUGUUAAAUGGGUCACCUGUCUCAGAAACCACCGCCUUAUGCCCAAUCCACAUACAGAAGAAGGAUCCCAGGACUACUUCUCUGUGUACGGACAUCAGAUGCUGGUGGAGCCAGACAACGUGACGGCAGUACGUCUCAUUCUCCGGCAGCCGUCUUCGUCUUGGCUGAAUUUCACUCUGGAGGAAAUCAAAAUUCACCAGUGUGUAAAUGACGAUUCAGAAAGGGAAGUUCCUGUUUGGUUUUCUGAACUGACACCAGUCGACCAGGUCCCUGAUUUACAGGGACUGCCUGACCCGCAAGCAGUGGCAUCCAGCAUCCAGCAGAUGUGGGCGUUAACAGAGGUCAUGCAAACCAGUCAGACUGCGGUGCCAAUUGGUCGUUUUGAUGUGGAUGGUUGCUACGAUGUCAAUUUGCUGUCAUACACAUAGCCUGGAUUUAUUUGGACGAUAUAAUGUGUCAUGUUCGGCACGUUUGUGUACAUUUCUGAAAAACUAAAAACAUCUGUACACAAA